AUGCCCGUGGAGGUGAGCCGCGACGGAGUGCACUCAGACGGCUUCGAAGAGUCGGUCGCGCGGUGCGGCUUCCGAAACCCGAGCCUGGUGCGGCGGUGUGCCACGCCGCCACGGAGGGACUCGACGCGGUGCGCGCAGAUGGGGGCCUGCAUUCCGGUGGCAGUUGGACGGGGUCGCGGCCACAAGGACACCCACGACGACUACUACGGCACCUCGAGGCCACGGGCUGCGGAGCUCCAUGCCCCCACUGCAGAUCUGCGCGCAGAGGGUUUUAAGAAUUCCUCCAACAGCUCAAAGGGCCUAGGCCUAGUGCAGAAGAUAGACAACGACUAUUAUACUGAGGGAGUUUCUCAGGUGUUUCUACAUCUCUGUGGCACAACCAUUUCUCAUCAGGAAAAUCUGUACACUUCAAAUGUGAAUAUGUUAAUGAAGGUGGCAUGUGAUAAAGUGGGUGUAAAAUCCAAGGAUUUUUACUCAAUUUAUUGUGGAAAAGUGUUGGAUCCUGAGCAACUUCUAUCCUAUUAUCAGAUAAACAAGGAUUCAAAAAUCAUAAUUAAUCCAAGACUCAGAGGUGGCUGUUCCUCAAACUGGGAUGCAAUAAUUAGUGGUUUGGGUCUCUUCCGCUUGCACACCGUGUCUUUACGACGAGCACUAGUUCUCCCGUCCCUGGCCAAGCUAGGUCCAGUAGUAGAGGUGAAGUACUUGGGAGAAGUUUUGCAAUUCUGUUCUCGAAAGGUCUUGAUCUAUUUAUGCAGAAGGCAUUUCAGUGGGAUAUGCUUUGGAGGACAAUUUACUUCAGAGCAAAUUUUGUUUGAUGAGGACGGGAAUGCCCGAAUCAAUGCUACCCGGCAUCCAUACACCAAAAGAUUGGCUGUUCUUGACUACAACAGACUAUAUGACAUAUUUGACAAAGCGUUUAAAUAUGAAGGCAACAGAUACCCUAUGCAUACCUUAAAUUUGCUUAGUUUUCUGCAAGGUCCUCCUCCUGAAAUUGACCCCCAAAGCGAGUCCAUCAUCGCAUACUUGACCAAUCACAUGGCACUCUUGUCCCACACCGAGCGUAUUGCUAUCAGCGCUCUUCUGGAUCUCUUGGUUGAAAGACUUGAUAAGGAAGAUAAGAAGCUGCUCAAAACUUACAUGAAGUUUGUUAAAUGGACUGUUAGGGUGCCAUGGGUUCCAGCAAUGAACACCACUUACAACCACUUUAAAUUUAUUAGGAAAGGGAAAAAAUGUGUCCCGUAUAAGGAUAACAGAAUCAGUUUACUCCGUUUUUCUACAAACUUCUUCAAGCAUUCCCCAAGUUUCUCUCCAGAGGAACUAGAGGCUGCGUUCUCUUUAGUCAUGGAAUGGGAGAGUUUCAUACCGCAGCUGGUGUACGAUGCUCUAGUAACUUUUAAAGAUGCACAGAAACCCUGCACUGCCAAAGUCCAGGAAUUUGUGGACCAAGUUAUUGCGAUGCUCGGAAAGAACACAAUUGGUUGUACCAAGGGUUGAGUUUUCUGAGCCGAAGAAAGGUGAUCUUUUGAAUGGAGAAGACGCAUCAAGCGCAUGUAGGGUUGUCUCCCUUUUGUUGCCAUUUGUUUCUUGUGUUGGUUUGGUGGACCUGUGGUGUACGUUGGAGCUUCGUUUUUCUUUUUU